AGGCAUAUUUUGUGAAGAACCAUCUUCCCCUUAUGGGAAAUUGUGAUUAUUAUAAAUGUGAAUUUCUUUAAUUUUUGAUGGUACACAUUUUGAGUAAAUCAUUGAAAAAUGUUGGCCAGUGAAGAUGAAGCAGGCUUGGAUUUCUCUUACCUUAAUGAAAUCUCCAGUUUGAACAAAACAAAACCAACCCCAACGUCAAGAGCCAGCACCUCAUGCCGGAAGGAGGUGCGCUCACUGCCCUGCAAGGAUGCUGUCCAAGCUGUCCUCGAGAAGAAGAGGAAGGCAGAGCAGCAAGAGGCUGAAGAGUUCAGGAAAAACAGAGAAAAGUUACUGGAGCUGCGGUCACUUGACAAGAAGGCAAACAAGCGUGUCAAAGCCAUGAUCACUCGAACCAAGGGCUUCAAUAAGUCAGUUCUUGAAGAGGCUAAAGACUUGACCACAGCUCGAGGCGAGCAGCAAUGCGAUGAGGAUGACUACGGCUACGAGUCCACGAUGAGUCAGCAGAUUUUUGACAAGCUCACCACCCAGUACAGUGAAAUGCCUGAGGAUGAACGCCUCAAAUUCAAGAAAGUUAAGGCUGACAACAUUGCUGAUGUAAAGAGUCGCGUCAUGAGCUCAUUGAAGAAGCAGGAGGAGGACGAGCAAGGCCCUCGGAAGCGCAAGCGUAAAAACGCGCCAGACGCAGACGAUUUCAUCAACGACGGCGACCCGUACGACAAACAGGCGGGCGGCUCCCAGGACAAGAAGGACAAGACCGAGCACAAAUUGCCCGUCAACUUGAAUCUCACCAACUACCAAACCAAGGACAAUGAGAACUUCAAGUAUGAUUACGAGAAGAAGAAACGCGAGGAGAAAGAGAGAGUGGAUAAGGAGAAUGAACGAGAAGAGAAACGCAAGAAAAGGAAACUUGCAGCUAAUCAGCCGCCGGCACUUGGCUUUGCUGAGCUUAUGAAGCUGGCGGCCACUAAACUGAAGGACACGGGAACCAAGAAGGGGGAAGACUUGGCCAAAGAAGAACUCAAGGAACGAGAGGCCCUGGUUAAGAAGAAACUAAGUGAGCGCCCCCUCACGGCUCAGGAGAAGGCGCAGCAGGAGGACGAUAGACUUAGAAAACUGCGCAGACUUGGUAAGCUACCAAACCUGCCCAUUGAAAAGCUCAGAGAAAUUGAAGAGCGCAGGAAGAACAAAAAUGAAGCAAACUCUUCAAAGACGGAGGAAAAUAUGAAAAAUGACAAGGAAACCAAUGAUAAAGAUGCCAAAUCUUUACCUAAGAAAGAGAUUGAUAAAAAUAACAAGAAGGUUGAGCCCAAGCCUGAGGUGAAGGUUAGAGAUCGCUCCAAAUAUUUUGCUAUUCCUGGGGCUACAAAGCCUUCCGUUUCUUCUUCGACUUCCACGUUCAAAAGCAACAAUGAAUUGAGUUCCUCCACCAAGGUGCCUGAAACUAAAAACUUGAAACCUCUCACGCACAAACCCCCUGACGUCAAGCCCUCCAAACUCCCUGAUCCCAAAGCCAAGUUCGUUGAUCAUAGAAGCAAAGUCCCGGAUGUGAGUAGAGAUAAAAUGAACGGUCCUUCUUCUAGCAAGUACAAAACCCCAGACUCUAAAGCCAGACCGCCAAGCGGGUCCUCCAGCGGCAAAAACCUUCCUCCAACAAAGUCCAAUUCAUUAUCGCGACCGCCCGUACAGCCGACGUCUAGCGGCUUGUCUCGCCCCGCAAUGCCAAACAAGUCGCGGCAGUUCCCUCCUGCAGACAUGAAGCCUCUCAAGAAGCCCAGUGGAGGACGCUAUGGCCGCGUGGACAGCGAAGACGAGGACAGCGAGUAUGACAGUGAGAUGGACGACUUCAUUGACGACGGCGAGCCCGAGCUUGACUACUCCAGCGAGAUCAGCAAGAUGUUUAGAUAUGAUCGCUCUAAGUUCAAGGACGAGCCGGACGACGUGGACGACAUGGAGGUGGGCUUCAGCCAGGUAGAGAAGGAGGAGAUGAGGUCGGCCAAGAUUGGCUUGCUCGAGGAUCUCGAGGACAUGAAACAAGAAGAAGCUGAGAAGAAAAGAAAGAUGUUAUUGAAGAAGAAAAUGAUGAAAAGCAAGAGAUAACCGGCAUUGCUUAUUAUUUUAGGACAAUUUUCUGAAACAUGCUUCGCUUUUGUAUUUACAAUUUUUUAUGAAAAUUUGUUAUCAAUUGUGCUAAGUAUUUGUAGAUAUGUAUUUUGUGAU